AUGCCGUGUUGGCAUUUACUACCUGACGUAAGACAUAUAUGCAUAAAUGACCUCACCUUAAUGCGACACUUUGCAAAUGAAAUGUUAAGGCAAAAUAUAGAUGAAUCCAUUUACAACAAAUUAGCCGAUAUUUUCAAUGAGAUGUAUAUGCAAAUAGAAAUAGCACAACAAAGGGAUAUAGCCCUUCAAAAGUCAAAAGACUACUCGAAGUUCACAAUGGACACUUAUAAUCUUACACAAACUUUUAAGGCGUCGUACUACUGUAUUACUUCAACUAUUUAUAUGGCCCUGAUAUUAUGUAACAAAGCUACUGAGGAAUCAUUUCAGCUUGUAGACGAUAUAUGUAAUGAUGUUGGGAUAGUCUUUCAGAUUCAUAAUGAUCUCACCGAUUAUAUGGACAGUGAUACAUCAAUAUCGGGUAAAUCUAGUACAGACAUACCUCUUGGAAAAUGUUCGUGGCCUGCAGUAGCAGCACUUCAGCACUGUAAUACAGAACAACGCAAAAUUUUUGAAGAAAACUACGGAAGCUGGGACCCAGAAUGUAUCAAACGCAUUCUGGAAUUGUACAACGACCUUAACAUGCUAAAACUUUAUAAAGAAGAAAUUCAGUCUCGAUAUAACACUUAUUUGCACAAGGUUAAUGCACUACCUAAAGAUGCUACACCAUCACCCGAUAUCUUUCUUAAGAUUUUAGAUUUUUAUAGAAGUUACACCGAUGAUGCAUCACGAUAUUAUUAUGUUUAA